AUGCAACGUGGAAGGAUUGGGCAAAGGUUGGAUGAAGCGCUCUGGGCCUACAAGACUGCUUACAAAACUCCUAUAGGUAUGUCCCCAUACUCUCUUGUGUUUGGAAAAGCUUGUCACUUACCUUUAGAGUUGGAGCACAAAGCGUUUUGGGCAAUUAAGAAGCUAAACAUGAACUUGGACGCCACGGACGCUCAAUGCAAACUUCAGCUCAAUGAGCUCGAGGAGUGGCGAUUGAAAGCGUACGAGAACAGCAAGCUAAAAUCCAGGUGGUCAGAACCCUUUAUCAUUAAGACAAUCUUUCCAUAUGGAGCAGUGGAAAUAACACGAGAAGAUGGCACCAACACAUUCAAAAUAAAUGGCCAAAGAGUGAAGCCUUACUUUGAAGAUGAACUGAAACGCCAAAAUUCAUCUCUCGCACUACGCGAAGCCAGUUGA